UGGAGUGAAAAAGUUGGUUACUUUCUAGUUAACUUGAUACCUUCUCCUCCUGUUUUCUCUACAUCUCUUUUUUCAUUUGAUACCUUCUCAAAUACUGGUUCUAGGAACAAAAAUCACCGAACAAAUAUGUCGAUAACUUGCAAGGUUCGACUAGAAAGCAGAGUUGUAAAAACCACAGUAAUAAAAACCAUAGCUCAGCUUGAUCAAAGUCUAAGGGAAUUGCUCGUCAGCAUAAGCCAAAAUGUACGUGGUAAUAGUUGUAAAUGUGUUGUAGGGUUGAGUGUUGAAAAAGAGUUUAGACCAUCCUCUAGUCCUGAUGGUUCUGGAGGUAGCCACCUGGUUUCGGAAAGAGUUGCAAUACUAAAGCUUUGUUAUGGAACAAGUUGUCUGAUUAUCCAGCUGUUGCAACUGAAAGCAGCACCUUGUUCACUGGCCAACUUCCUCCAACUCCGAGGGUUAUCCUUUGUGGGUGUCGGGAUUAGACACUGCCUCGAGGCUUUGGAGAGGGAUUACGGGAUCAAGUGUAGGAAUGCUGUUGAUUUAGGCCAGUUGGCUGCAACUAUCAAGGAGAAAGAAGUGUAUAAAGGGUUUGGCCUGCUGGAUUUAGUGAAAGAGUUGUGUUUUUCAGAUGUGAAGAAGCAUCUGAUGGAUAGUUUUACGGCUGCAGCUCUGAGUAACUGGGGUGUUACCACAUUAUCCCUAAAACAGAUUGAAGCAGCCACUUCAGAUGCUUUCAUAUGCUUUUAUUUAGGCAAUGGCUUGUUCGGAGGGUACAUAGGUACUACUCCAUUUUAAAACUGAUUACGUGAGCUAUUCGGAGUUCGAGUACUUAUUAUUAUGAUAGAUAGUUGUCAAUUGUUGUCUACAAGUAUUAUGAAUUAUUAAGAUUGUAACUUAAUUUGAUAUCAUUUGAUUAUACUAGGGCUUCAAAGUUCAGAUGACUUUGAUUAUGUUCUUUUA